AUGUCUGUGGACUAUAAUAGAAAGCGUUCUGGUUCACUUGUUCCAAGAAUUGUAGAAAAUUUACCAAAUGAUCCAAUCACUGGACAAUCGAUUUUAUUCAGAACAGUAUUCAAAGGAAGAGGUUAUUCAAAAAUUAUUGAUCCUGCAGGAUUCUCCGAUGGAAAAGCUAAUCAAUUGCUACCAAAACAUCUACGUAAAAAGCGUAAUCAUGGUUAUUUAUAUUGUUUAAGUGAUAGGAUAAGAUUUGAAAAGAAAAGUCGUUCAAAGUUAUUUCGUGAUCAAGUAUUUUAUCAAGAUAUUAAAUUUAUCUACUUUUUCUCAAAUUUACCAAAUGUAUUUAUGCUAGCGCUUAAUGAUGAAAAACAACGACGAAUUUAUGAAACGUAUACAGUGAAUACAAUGGAGGAUAGAAAUAAAAUAGCUGAACUUACUCAAAAUAAGAAUCCUUUGGGAAAAUUAAGAACAAGUAUAUCUAGUCACACAUUAGAUUAUGGAAUUGAUGCUCAUAAUAAUGGCUGUACAUCAACAGAAGAAGAUGAACACAACGAAGACGAUGAACAGGAAGGUAACUGUCAUACGUGUAGAGCUAAUACAAGGUACUAUCGGGGAUCACCACGUAGAAUAAGUGAGAUACCAAGCAGUCAUUCUCAUUCCUGUGAUAAUUUCAGAACAAUUCAGGAUUACCCUAUAAGAGAUAGCUAUUCAAGUCAAACAGGUAUACCCCCGUAUUUUAAGGUCACGUCUACAUCACGUGCACUUAGUUCCCCAGUUCAUUCAUCAUAUUCUCGUCAACAUAGAAGAUCACAUGCAGGACGUUCACCGUCUCCAACAGAUUAUCUUGUUUUACAGUACCAAGGAAAAAAUUCACACCCAAAUCAUAGGAGAAGCAUUUAUUCAACAUCCAGAUAUGAUAUAGGAGAAAACCCUGUACCAUUACCUAGCAGUGAACCAUUGUUAGCAGAUAAUCUUUUCAAGGAUGAAGGUCCAAUUUAUUUGUAUGUGCAAAGGAGACCUAGUAAACCUGAAACGCAUGCUGAAGGACCGAAUGGAUAUACUAAAAGUCCUUCGGGACUAACUAUUUACCGUUAA